AUGAUAGAACAAAGACCACCCCAAUCUCCUCCUCCGCAGGCCCAAUGCAGCAGUCGUAUGACUGAGAUGGGAACAUGGACGGCGAAUAUAUCUUCUCGCUCAGACACGAAUAACAAACAUCACGUUCCAUCGUCUCCACCGAGCCACUUGGAACCUAUACAUAGCUAUGGAGAUGUGCACUAUAAUACGGCCAGUAGACCGCAAUCCCCGGUCUGGAAUCGCAACGAGCGCCAAAUUAGCCUUAGCUCAGACCAAUCUGUAGCGCUAGAUGCUGACCCCACCGAAGGCCCCGUGUCCUGUGAGGCCAAUAUUCAACUGGAUGGGCCAGAGGCAGAAUCCGCCCCAUGCGCCGAGAAAAUCACGUUGAAGGCAUUGUUGGAAAAGAUCCGACAGGAGAAGGGAACUGAGCAAGUGGAUUUACUCAGUGUGUGCUUUGGAGAACCUGGGGUCGACCUCAAUGUACACAUUCAGGGUGAUUUUACCGUGACCUUAUUGUAG